GGGAGGACGCAUGGGCGGUGUAGAAAAGGUUCCGUUCUUUCAGAGAGGGUAAAUUGGCCACCCAGUUGAUCUUGGAAAGGGGGGUCGGGUCAAGCGGAGGCGUCUGUCUGGAAAUGGGGCGCAAUGAGCUGGGUGCGGAGAUCAGGGUCGUGACUUAAGUCAGUGGAAGCUUCCCCUCAUUUGGUACGGAGCUGCCCGGGAUUGGACGCGAAUUUGCCCGGUCUGACUCGGAUGCCGCUGGUGUUUAAAAGCCAAAACAGAAGACGCGGCGCUUGUGAGCUCUGCGAAGGCUCGUUUCAGCUGCUUCGUAAGGAGGAGCGCGGGAACUUAGGUCCUCCCGCGGCGUCCGUCGGACUGUCGGAGGAUGGAUUCAUUAGCUGAGCUGGGGGAUGAAGGCAGAAGGGGCUGCUUUUACUUGCGGCUUGAGCUGGGAAAGAAAAGGAAAUUCCGCUUGGAGGCGAGAUACUGCUGCUGUUCCUUCCACUCCAAUCCCUCCCGAUGCCGUUCGCUGUUAAAGUAGGCAGCCCGGAAUUGGCGCACCAAAGAGACUCCUGCUGCCUUUCCAUUUCCCGCCCUCUGUGGUUAAGGGUGGAAGAGUUCCUUGCACUAAGUUUCUAGGCAGGUCUCUCUGGGUGGUACAUAUUAGUACCGCUUAAUGUACCGCUUCACUAUGCAGGGAGCCCAGCCCGGCAUUGUAUUCUGUAUACAGGGCUUCAAUGUGUGCCUUAAAUGACUCCUGUUUCCAAUAUCGGGGUUGAGGCCUGAGAUAUGAGGAGUGCCUCUGGGCAUGUGCAAACGACUUUCACUCACCUCUGGCAAUUCCAGAGGGUUUGUUCUUGUGCAGCAAAAGCAAAAAGGAGUCUGGUGGGACCUUCCAAAAAAAGAAAAGAAAAAACCUUACUACAUUAACUAGGGAGCAGAUCUGACCUUGGUAGAACUUACUUGCCUCUGAUUGCCCUGUGCUAGAUGUAUUGUGGCAUAUACUCAUGCCACAAUACAUCUAUUAGUCUUUAAGGUGCAGCAAGACUCCUUUUUGUCCUCUUUGCUGAGCAACCACAAUCUGUCUCCUCGCAGAAGCAGGGCAUGCAUGAUCCAAGGCAGAUGGUAUGGCUCCCUGUCAGAUUUGAGUGCUGACACCAAACUGAACAGUGUGUACAGCAGAAACAAAACAAAACAAAAACUGGUCAAAAGCUUUUAAGAAAGUAGGAGCAUAAUCUAUAUUUUGCUGAAGUGGCAAAACUUCCAUUGAAUAUAGUGGGCAGAAGCCUGACUAAGUUAAUCAUGAUCAAGCACUACUGAAACAAAUGAAACCAAUAAUAUUGUUGGACUCUAAAGCACAACAGACAGAAUUGGAAUGGAUUUCUUCUCCUCCUAAUGGGUGGGAAGAAAUUAGUGGACUGGAUGAAAAUUACACACCUAUACGAACGUACCAGGUAUGCCAAGUCAUGGAACCUAACCAAAAUAACUGGCUUCGGACUAACUGGAUCUCGAAAAGCAAUGCACAAAGGAUUUUUGUAGAACUAAAAUUCACUCUGAGGGAUUGCAACAGCCUUCCUGGAGUCCUGGGGACAUGUAAAGAAACCUUCAACUUGCAUUAUUAUGAAACAGACUAUGACACUGGCAGGAGUAUCAGAGAAAACCAGUAUGUAAAAAUAGAUACUAUUGCAGCUGAUGAAAGCUUUACCCAGGGUGACCUUGGGGAGAGAAAAAUGAAACUUAACACAGAGGUGAGAGAGAUUGGACCUCUAUCAAAAAAGGGAUUCUACCUUGCAUUUCAGGAUGUAGGUGCCUGCAUUGCUUUGGUUUCUGUCAAAGUAUACUACAAGAAAUGUUGGUCCAUAAUUGAGAACUUAGCUAUCUUUCCAGAUACGGUGACUGGCUCAGAGUUCUCCUCCCUAGUUGAGGUACGAGGAACUUGUGUCAGCAGUGCAGAAGAGGAGGCGGAGAACUCUCCUAGGAUGCAUUGUAGUGCAGAGGGAGAAUGGUUAGUACCCAUUGGGAAGUGUAUCUGCAAAGCUGGUUUCCAGCAAAAAGGGGACACAUGUGAACCCUGUGGCCGCGGAUUCUACAAGUCGUCUUCACAAGAUCUGCAGUGCUCCCGCUGUCCUAUGCACAGUUUUUCAGACAGGGAAGGAUCUUCACGAUGUGAUUGUGAAGACAGCUAUUACCGAGCACCUACUGAUCCGCCAUAUGUCGCAUGCACAAGACCUCCAUCAGCACCACAGAACCUUAUUUUCAAUAUCAACCAAACUACUGUGAGUUUGGAGUGGAGCCCUCCUGCUGAUAACGGAGGAAGGAACGAUGUGACCUACAGGGUAUUGUGCAAGAGGUGCAGCUGGGAGCAGGGCGAAUGUGUUCCCUGUGGGAGCAAUGUUGGAUAUAUGCCCCAGCAAACUGGAUUAGCAGACAACUAUGUCACUGUCACGGACUUGUUAGCUCAUGCUAACUACACUUUUGAAGUUGAAGCUGUGAAUGGUGUUUCUGACCUGAGCCGCUCCCAGAGGCUUUUUGCUGCUGUUACUGUGACCACUGGUCAAGCAGCUCCCUCGCAAGUUAGCGGUGUAAUGAAAGAGAAAGUGUUGCAAAGGAGUGUGGAGCUUUCCUGGCAGGAACCCGAGCAUCCCAAUGGAGUCAUCACAGAAUAUGAAAUCAAGUAUUAUGAGAAAGACCAAAGGGAGAGGACCUACUCAACGGUAAAAACCAGGUCCACUUCUGCAUCUGUUAAUAAUCUAAAACCAGGAACAGUAUAUGUUUUCCAAAUCCGUGCAUUUACUGCUGCUGGCUAUGGGAAUUACAGCCCUAGACUAGAUGUCGCCACACUAGAGGAGGCCACAGCUACUGCCGUCUCCAGUGAACAAAAUCCUGUAAUAAUCAUAGCUGUGGUUGCAGUGGCAGGCACAAUCAUACUGGUCUUCAUGGUUUUUGGCUUCAUCAUUGGACGAAGGCACUGUGGUUAUAGCAAAGCUGAUCAAGAAGGAGAUGAAGAACUUUACUUUCAUUUUAAAUUUCCAGGCACCAAAACCUACAUUGACCCUGAAACCUAUGAAGAUCCAAAUAGAGCUGUCCAUCAAUUCGCCAAGGAGUUAGAUGCCUCCUGUAUUAAAAUAGAACGUGUGAUUGGUGCAGGAGAGUUUGGUGAAGUAUGUAGUGGGCGCCUAAAGCUUCCAGGCAAGAGAGAUGUUGCAGUGGCCAUUAAAACUUUGAAAGUGGGAUACACUGAAAAACAAAGGCGGGAUUUUCUGUGUGAGGCAAGCAUCAUGGGGCAAUUUGAUCACCCUAAUGUUGUUCAUUUAGAAGGAGUUGUUACCAGAGGGAAACCAGUAAUGAUUGUAAUCGAAUACAUGGAGAACGGAGCCCUCGAUGCAUUUCUCAGGAAACAUGAUGGGCAAUUUACAGUUAUUCAGCUGGUGGGGAUGUUGAGAGGAAUUGCUGCUGGAAUGAGAUAUUUGGCUGAUAUGGGAUACGUGCACAGAGACUUAGCAGCACGCAAUAUUCUGGUCAACAGCAAUCUUGUUUGCAAAGUGUCAGACUUCGGCCUAUCCAGAGUUAUAGAAGAUGACCCAGAAGCUGUGUAUACUACAACAGGUGGAAAAAUACCGGUAAGAUGGACAGCUCCAGAAGCCAUUCAGUAUCGCAAGUUUACAUCAGCCAGUGAUGUAUGGAGUUAUGGAAUAGUUAUGUGGGAAGUAAUGUCAUACGGAGAAAGGCCUUACUGGGACAUGUCCAAUCAAGAUGUUAUAAAAGCCAUCGAAGAAGGGUAUCGCUUGCCAGCACCCAUGGACUGCCCAGCAGGCCUUCACCAGCUGAUGCUAGACUGCUGGCAGAAAGAGCGUGCAGAAAGGCCAAAGUUUGAACAGAUCGUGGGCAUUCUGGACAAAAUGAUUCGGAACCCAAACAGCUUGAAAACUCCUUUGGGAACCUGCAGCAGACCAAUCAGCCCUCUUCUGGACCAGAACACCCCCGACUUUACUACAUUUUGCUCCGUAGGAGAAUGGUUACAAGCCAUCAAGAUGGAAAGAUAUAAGGAUAAUUUUUCAGCUGCAGGUUACAAUAAUCUUGAGACGGUAGCCAGGAUGACUAUUGACGAUAUUAUGAGCUUAGGGAUAACAUUGGUCGGCCAUCAAAAGAAAAUCAUGAGCAGCAUUCAGACUAUGAGAGCACAAAUGUUACAUUUGCAUGGCACUGGCAUCCAAGUGUGAUAGACAUUUCUCCCUUUUGAGGGAGGCAACAGACUGAGAGAACAGAGCUGGCCUUCAGUCUACAUGAAGUGCUGCUAGAAGAGACAUGAUUUCCUGGGCCCUUCGUGCAGACAACAGAAGGCCCACCAGAAGCACCUACAGACUUGAACUCCUAAGUGCCACCAGAAAGUUACUUAACAAGGGAACCCGGAUCCACCGAUGGCGGCAACGAAAGCAGUGACAAUAAACAAAGUACUACCUGAAACACCUACGAACACCUUGAACUCUCUAACCUCCUUUUUAUCUAAUGGACUUUUUAAAGUGUACAUAAGGGAUUUUAAAAAAAGAAAGAAUAUAUUUGUCAGAUACAAAUCAUGAUAUUAUUGUUAAAGUCAACAAAAUAUUUUCCCUAAACCUUUGAUUUCAGACUCCUCUUUUUUCUUUUUGAAGGAAAUCAGUUGUAAUUCUUCUUCAUAUAGACCUUCAUUUAGUGUAUCUUUGGACCUUCUUAGUGCUUAAACAUAUGACACAUUAUUACACUGGGGACCUUGGAAAGAAUGUACAAAUUUCUAGUGUCACAAGAAGUGUAACAGAGAAAUGUGUGUCAGGCUGGCCGCUGGGUGGAGUACGACGGGAUCAGGAUUGGGUUUUCGUUAUGACGUUUUCUUCUGUCUGUUAAUUCCAUGCCACGCUGAGGUGGUUUGCUAAUUGGCAGGAAAUCAGGAAAAAAGAGAUGUUGCCAAGAGUUCUGAUAUUUUUAAAAAUAAUUUUGUAUGACUAAUCACAUGCUCUCUUUAAACAGGAAAUGAAUAAAAUGGAGAAUCUAGCAAUAAUGUUCCCCUGAAAAGGCCUAGGCACUUUUAAAGAAAUUGUUUGAGAGUUAACUUUAGCGGGUUGCCUGGAUUAAAUGGAAUCUGCAACUUUAAAGAAAUUGAGACACCUUUCACUGAAUGAUUGAUUGUAGGAGUCUCAAAAGACAGGUGCAGUACUAUAGUGUUGCCUAGCCUUUUAACUAGAGCACAUUGGUUUUGAUUUUUCCCCCUUCCAUAUUCCACGUUAAAAGGUCUAGGAGAAAUAACUGGCAUAUGAUUAAUAUGAGAUUAAGUUGAAUGUAUUCCCUCCCGCAAAAAUAAAGAUUUGGGGGUGCAAUCCAGAGAAACUAUCUGCACCCACUGAAGUUAAUGGGAACUUAGCAUUAGACUUUGUAUUUAAAUAACACUGGCUGACAUCUUGACUAAAGUGAGGCUGCAGCAGGAGCUGUCCUUGCAGUGGGAGGCUUCCCCCACUCCUGGAGCACAGGGAGAGGGGUUUGCUGAUCAUCCCUGCCUUUGGAAGUGCUCUGUGCCUUCUGAAAAUAAGAGGGCUGCACAAAACAUUUGCUAAGAAGAGCCCCUGGUGGUGCAGUGGUAAAACUGCUGCCCUGUAACCAGAAGGUUACAAGUUCGAUCCUGACCAGGGGCUCAAGGUUGACUCAGCCUUCCAUCCUUCUGAGGUCGGUAAAAUGAGUACCCAGAAUGUUGGGGGCAAUAUGCUAAAUCAUUGGAAACCGCUUAGAGAGCUUCGGCUAUAGAGCGGUAUAUAAAUGUAAGUGCUAUUGCUAUUGCUAUUGCUAUUGCUAAGGCAAGCAAGAUCAGUGAAAAUUGUUCCUUCUGCAUCUGCACACUCUGGUAGUGAGGAAGCUCUCUGCAGCAUGGACGUAUCUUCCUGCACUGUCCACACUAUGUUCGGAUUUUAGCCAAUGAUUUCAAUAGAGAGAUAUCCUGUUACUGCUCAUUUGUGUGGUGGACAAGCAGACCAGCAUGCAGAUUAUCUUACAUAUGACUUCCCUUUCACCAUAUAGAUCACCUCAUGUAUGAAUGAAGCACUCCUCCAUGCCAAAGCCCAAUUGGGCAUCCACCUGAUUCACACCGUUCUCCAUCGCCUUUCUGAGAAUUGCAUUCAUUGUGGGCAUCCCUCUGCGCCCACUUCAUAUGUGAGAUCCUUUGCAUGAAGAUGCUCCCCCACCACCUGAAUGAGAGCACUGCUGUCAGUAAUGGCAGUGAAUUCAAGUGAUUCCAGGUGUAAUCUUUCUUUCGAUUAUACUCUUGGAACCAUUGUGAUGCACAGUUCAGACAGAGAAAGGUAGGCACAUUUAUGCCUCUUUGAAAUCAAGAGUGUAUUGGUGUUAUGAAAUCCUGGUGAUUUCAAUGUACCAAAAUGUACCUCACUUUCUCUGGAUUGCACACUUGCACCUCUUUGAAUUCAGUUUGAUUCAAUAGCUGAUUUGUGUAAUGAAGUCCUAGUGAUUUCAGUGGGAGAAAGCACGCCUAACCUUCUUUGGAUUGCACUUCUCCUAUGUAAGCUCGCAUAAAAUGUAUGAGAGGUGAACAGGAAUCCAGUGGGGCUUGCACGGGAGACAUUCCUAUCAGAUGGUGCCUUUGGAUUUUAUAUGAGAGCUCUAGAGUGUAAGGCAAGCGGCAGUUCAAAAUUUUCCAGGUUUUUUACAAGCUGCUCUAGACACACAAAGUUAUUCAACUUCUGACUGAAAGAUAGCUGUUGAAUGAGGUAACUCUUUUUUUAAGCAUUUUUAAUUUAAUAUAUAUAUGCGUACUUGAGUUGAGUGAAAUGUAGAACUACCAUAAGCAAUAACAAAGUGUGUUGCAGGAAUAUAUACAAAACAGGUGAUGAAUGCUAUCAACAAUAUCAUGAAAAUCGUGAGCUACCCCAGCAGUGAAUAGCUGUACUUCCAAAGAGAACUGGGCUGCUCCUUUCGGUUUUCAUAGAGAAAGAUCCCAGGGAUCAGUCAUAUAAAUUAAGACUUGUUUGUUAAUGUGGGCAUCCACACAAAAGAAACAACGACCCUGUAAAUGUUCCUUUGUAAAACUUGUACAUUUUAUUUAUACUGUCUUGUUUUGUACACACAUUUCUGUGCAGUGAGCUCUGAAUACAUUGAAAAUGCACUAUAUUUUUCUAUUUUACUUACAGAGCAUCACAAAAAUAACAUGUUUCUCAGUGCAACAUAAUGUGUUUUCCCACAUUUAGGACCAAAGAUAGCUACAGAGAACUCGAAUAGAUCAUUUGACCUCCCUCUUCCCCAUUCCUUAUCCCCCCUCCCCCUUUUAGAUCACUGUACAGUUAUAUUUUAUUUAUUUGUUUUGUUAGGAAAAGAUCACUUUGGUUAUACUAAUUUUUUUCUUCUUUCCCCCUUUGUUAAAGAAAAAUCUGUAAAAACAAACAGACAAAAAUAUUUGAAUUAACAUAAUCCCAUUACAUAGACACUUCCAUUUGUAAUCUUUGUAAUAGACUGUAAAUAUAUUUUUGGAAAUAUAA